CCUCAGGGCGAGUGCGAGGAGCAGGAACAGGGCGUACUGGACCCUGGAGGCGCACUGGAGGCCUGGUGCGUGGUGCCGGCACUGGUGGUACUGGGCUGGUGACACGCAACUCAGGGCGAUUGCAGGGAGCAGGCACAGGAUGUACUGGACUAUGAAGGCGCACUGGAGGUCUGGAGUGUAGAGCUGACACAACCAGUCCUGGCUGGAUGUUUAUUUUCGGGCGCUGGCACAGGACGCACUCGGCUGUGCAGACUCACCGGAGACACAGUGCGCAGAGCCGGCCCACGGGGGUAUACUGGAGACCAGGAGCACUGUGUCGGCACUUUCCUUCUUGGCUGGAUGCCCAUUCUAGCCCGGCCAAUGUGAAGAGCUGGAAUAGAGCGCGCCGGGCUAUGAAUGCGAACUGGAGACACCAUGCGCAUCUCUGCAUAACACAAGGAGUUGGCUCAGGUCUCCAACCUGACUUAGGCAAUCUCCUCGUGUGCCCCCCCCAAAAAAUUAUUGGGGCUGCCUCUCAGGCUUCCGUGCUAGCCGUGUACCCUCAUAUCGUUGCCGUUCCUCCAUUCUCCGGUAUUUCUCCUCGCAGUAUCACCGUUCCGCUUUCGCUUCCUCUAUCUCCUCCUUAGGACGGCGAUACUCCCCCGGAUGCGUCCAGGGUCCUGCUCCAUCUAGUAUCUCCUCCCAUGUCCAUUACCCCAAUAAACUCUGCUCCUCCUUUUCACGCUGCUUGGUCCUUAUUUGGUGGGUUCUUCUGUCAUGGUCGUCAUAUGGAGGAGACCAAGGCGCAGCGUGGUAAGCGUACAUACUUCUUUAUUAAAGAAAAAACACUGAACAAACUAUACAAAACAACAAAAUGAACCGUGAAGCUAAUAUGAGAAGUGCAGAACAGGCAACUAAACAUAGAAUAAGAACCCACAAACUACCCAAGGAAUAUGGCUACCUAAAUAUGGUCCCCAAUCAGAGACAACGAUAAACAGCUGCCUCUGAUUGGGAAUCAAUUCAGGCCACCAAAGACAUACAUAAACCUUACAAAAACCUCUAGACAUACAAAAUCCCCUAGACAAUACAAAAACUAACAAACCACCCUCGUCACACCCUGACCUAACCAAAAUAAUAAAGAAAACAGAGAUAACUAAGGUCAGGGCAUGACACUAGUCUGACUCUGAGCUGAUGAACAACUCUGUUGCUCUAUCACUGAUGUGCCAGAGAAGCGGUUGGUGAGCUGAAUUAGUUGAAUGAGUCCUACCUUGCUCCUACUGACCUGUGAGCCAUACAUUGUUAAUGAGCAGUAGGGCUACAUCUCAGUGUCAUUAAGUGUUUGACUUGGACUGAAAAGGGUGCCAGUACUGGUGUUACUGACCUGUGAGCCAUACAUUUAACAAUGUAGGGCUACAUCUCUGUGUCAUUAAGUGUUUGACUUGGACUGAAAUAGGUGCCAGUACUGGUGUUGGGUGCCGGUACUGUUUAUAUUUAGGUGCAGGAGCUCCACAAUACUUUUGAGCUAAUAUUCUAUGAAGAACUGGAGCUCAAGCAUUAGAACAUUUGUGGUGCCGGAGUACUGGUGAGCUCCUGUCUAAAUCAAGCACUGAGCGUCAAUAUUGUUUCACCUUUAUGUAAACUCAUAGGCUAUUUCCUAACGAAUAAUAGGUCAAUGUUACUGUUUGUGGUUGGACCUAGGCCUAUAUCUAUUCACUAUUCUUUGAAACCAUACAUUUAUUCAAGUUAAAUAGCUUCUCACAAGUGGGCAAGGCAUGAAAUAGAUAGCCUAGGGCUCGGCUAUAGGCUAAAAUACCAUGCACAGCAGGUGGAUUACCUCAUUGCCGCGGGGGGUGAUGGUAAACGACAAUUCAGCUCCCUCAUAUCGCCAUCAACACUCAGAGAGAAUGCUUCGUUGGAUGGCGGACAAAUUCAACCAUGGUUAGAUGGUUUGCGACCAUCAGAUCUGCAAUUUGUGCAUUCCGGUCGAUGAGUGCAGCCUACGAAGGAUGGCCACAACAUGGCAGAAAAUCCUACUGUUCUACCAAGGGGUGCUAGAUAAUGGAGACAAAAGAACUGACAGCUGGUUGCUGGUGUACUCACCUGUGCCAAUCACUUGCAUCUUCCUGUCCUACCUGCUCCUCAUAUGGGUGGGCCCCAAGCUGAUGGCUCAGAGACAGCCAGUCAACCUCAAGCCUGUGCUCAUCAUGUACAACUUUGCUAUGGUCUGCCUGUCUGCCUAUAUGUUCUAUGAGUUCACAGCGUCAUCCUGGUUGGCAAACUAUAGUAUAUUAUGUCAGCCUGUGGACUACAACACCAGCCCACUGGCAAUGCGGAUGGCCAAGGUCUGCUGGUGGUUCUACUUCUCCAAAGUCAUCGAGCUCAGUGAUACUCUUUUCUUCAUCCUGAGGAAGAAGAACAGUCAGCUGACGUUCCUGCAUGUCUACCACCACGGCACCAUGAUCUUCAACUGGUGGGCUGGGGUCAAAUACGUGGCAGGAGGCCAGUCCUUCCUUAUAGGCCUUAUCAACUCAUUGGUGCACGUGGUGAUGUAUCUAUACUAUGGGCUGGCAGCGAUGGGGCCUCACAUGCAGCAGUAUCUGUGGUGGAAGCGCUACCUCACUUCCCUGCAGCUGCUCCAGUUCUUCAUAGUGACCAUCCACACCAGCUACAACCUGUUCACUGACUGCGACUUCCCAGACUCCAUGAAUGCUGUGGUGUUUGCCUACUCCCUCAGCCUCAUCGUACUCUUCAGAAACUUCUACUAUCAGAGCUACCUCACCAAGAAGAGCAAACAGACAUGAGACACGGAUGUAGAGGCAAUUAUUACUUUUAUUAAAUUGAUCAUGUAUGUUUUUUAAAUAUUUAUUGACCCUUCACGUUUAAGUAAAGCAGGUCUCUAUCCACUGGACAUAAGCUUCUGUUUGUUUCUGUU